AUGGACAACUGCUCGCUCGGCAACGGCACGUGGGAGGGCAACGCGACGCGCUGGCGCGCGGAGCACCCGGCGGCGCACCUCUUCCCCGUGCCCGUCCUGACGGGCGUCACGGCCACCUGCGCGCUGCUCUUCCUCGCGGGAGUCACCGGGAACGCGCUUACCGUCGUGCUGGUGGCCAAGUUCAAGGACAUGAGGACGACCACGAACCUGUAUCUGUGCAGCAUGGCCGUGUCGGACCUGCUCGUGCUGCUGUGGCUGCCGCUGGACCUGUACCGCGUGUGGAGGUACCGGCCCUGGGGCUUCGGCCAGCUCCUCUGCAAGCUCUUCCAGUUCGUGAGCGAGAGCUGCACGUACUCGAGCAUCCUGAGCAUCACGGCGCUCAGCGUGGAGCGCUACCUGGCCAUCUGCUUCCCGCUGCGCGCCAAGGUGCUGGUGACCAGGGCGCGCGUGCGCGGCCUCCUCGCGGCGCUGUGGCUCGUGUCGCUCUGCAGCGCGGGACCCGUCGUCGUGCUGGUGGGCGUGCAGCACGAGCCCGGCACGGACCCGCGCGCCACCAGCGAGUGCAAGCCCACGGAGUUCGCCAUCAGGUCGGGGCUGCUCACCGCCAUGGUGUGGGUGUCCAGCGGCUUCUUCUUCCUGCCCGUGUUCUGCCUCACGGUGCUCUACGGCCUCAUCGGCAGGAAGCUGUGCAGGAGGAGCCGCGCGACGCCGGGAGCGCACGCGUCUGUGCGGGACAAGAGCAACAGGCAGACGGUCCGAAUGCUGGCUGUGGUCGUGUUCGCCUUCGUGCUCUGCUGGCUGCCCUUCCACGUGGGCCGCUACUUGAUCUCCAAGUCGUCGGAAGCCGUCUCGCCCCUCCUGUCUCAGAUCACUCAGUACUGCAACCUGGUGUCCUUCGUUCUCUUCUACCUUAGCGCUGCCAUCAACCCGGUCCUCUACAACAUCAUGUCCAGGAAGUACAGGACCGCCGCGUGUCAGCUUUUCGGGGUGAAAAGGGCCCCUCGCAGGACCGCGUCCGGCGUUAAGGGUGACAGUUCCCUCGGCUGCGCCGAGUCCAGCGUGAGCCUGUGA